GUAACUGUCGGCUUUCGCUCAAGUGUGGAGAAGUUCCCUGUUUUUCGAAUUUGUAGUAAUUUAUUUGGGGAAGUCCCGCGCAGAAUUCAACAAAGAUGGCUGACAUGAAGCUUGUGUGUUUGAUUCUGUUCAGUGCUCUUCUGGCUUUCGUUGCAACCAGACCGUUGGAUGAUGGAGAGGAUACAAGUAAAACUGAUCAAUGGAUUAAUGAAUUUGUUGGCACAGGUGAACUGGGAAAAUCAAAGAUUAGAGAUAUUGCUUCAAGUAUUGCGAAUCGGUUGAAUUCGGAGAGAUCAGUGCUGGGUUUAGAUGGGAAUAAGAAAGGAGCUGGUGACGACACCGCCCAUGCUGAGAACGACUUGCAUUUAAAAAGUUCAGUACUGGGUGUAGAUGUAGACGGAAAGAACGGAGAUGAUAUUAAUGAAAUUUUCGUUGAUUUUUUCGAUGACUCUGACGAGGAUGGAGAUUUCGACAGUGAUGGUGAUAAUGAAAUCAUUUAUGCUGGCGAUGAUGAUCGUGAAGAUGAGGACGAUGACGGUGAUAGCGAUGGUGGCGACAGCGAUGACGGUAGAGAUGGUGGCGAUGAUGGCGAUAACUCUGACGAUGGAGAUGAUGGUGACGAUGGCGACAGCGAUGGUAACGACGAUGGUAACGACGAUGGUGGCGAUGAUGACGAUAACGAUGAUGGUAGCGAUAGUAGAGAUGGCGACGAUGGUAGAGAUGGCGACGAUGAUGGUAGUGAUGAUAACGAUAGCGAUGAUGGUAGGGAUGAUGGCGGUAACGAUAGUGGUAGCAAUGCCGAUAAUGAUGGUGAUAGAGAUGGUGACGAUGAUGAAGAUAACUACGACAGUACCGAUGAUGGCGAUAACGAUGAUGAUAGAGAUGGUAGCGAUAGUAGAGAUGGUGACGAUGACGGCGAUAACGAUGAUAGUAGCGAUGAUGGCGAUAACGAUGACAGUGGCGAUGAUGGCGAUAACGAUGGUGAUAGACAUGGUAGCGAUAGUAGAGAUGGCGACGACGAUGAUGAUGGUAGUGAUGAUGACGACAACGAUGAUGGUAGUAAUGAUGGCGACAACGAUGAUGGUAGUGAUGGUGGCGAUAACGACGAUGAUAGAGAUGGUGACGAUGAUGACGAUAAUGAUGAUAGUAGCGAUGGUGGUGAUAACGAUGAUGAUAGAGAUGGUGACGAUGAUGACGAUAACGAUAACAGUAGCGAUGAUGACGAUAACGAUGACAGUAGCGAUAGUGACGACAACGAUGACAGUAGCGAUGAUGGCGAUAACGAUGACAGUAGCGAUGGUGAUGAUAACGAUGAUGAUAGAGAUGGUAGCGAUAGUAGAGAUGGCGAUAACGAUGACAGUAGCGAUGAUGACGAUAACGAUGACAGUAGCGAUGAUGAAGACAACGAUGACAGUAGCGAUGAUAGCGAUAACGAUGACAGUAGCGAUGAUGGCGAUAACGAUGAUGAUACAGAUGGUAGCGAUAGUGGAGAUGGCGAUAACGAUGACAGUAGUGAUGAUAACGAUAACGAUGACAGUAGCGAUGAUAGCGAUAACGAUGACAGUAGCGAUGAUGACGAUAACGAUAGUAGAGACGGCGACGAUGAUGAUAGUAGUGAUGAAGAUGAUAGCGAUGAUAGCGAUGAUGAUAGAAAUGAUGACGAUGGUGAUGGUAAUGGCGACGAUGGUAAUGGCGAUGAUUAUGAUGAAGAAGAUGGGGGUGUCCAACGUGUGCGUAAUCAAGUUGAAAAUAUCGCAACAAAUAUUGCGGAUAUACUUAAUUUAAAAGGACACGAAACAAUCAACGCGAACAAAGCUGGGCCCACUGAUACAGACACUCUGAUCACAGGCGAUGAAGCUGCAGCCACGGCCGCUGAUGAUCUGGAUCAAAUCGCCACUGCAAUAAACGCAGCUAUGGAAGCCAGAGAUGGUGACAAUGAUGACGAUAACGAUGAUGAUAGAGAUGAUGGCGAUGAUGAUAGUAGCGAUGGUGAUGACGAUAACGAUGAUAGUAGCGAUGACGAUGACGAUAACGAUGAUAGUGGCGAUGAUGAUGAUAACGAUGAUAGUAGCGAUGAUGAUGACGAUAACGAUGAUAGUAGCGACGAUGAUGAUAACGAUAAUAGUAGCGAUGAUGAUGACGAUAAUGAUGAUAGUAGCGAUGAAGAUGACGAUAACGAUAAUAAUAGCGAUGAUGAUGACGAUAACGAUGAUAGUGGUGAUGAUGAUGAUGAUAGUAGCGAUGAUGAUGACGAUAAGGAUGAUAGUAGCGAUGGAGAUGACGAUAACGAUAAUAGUAGCGAUGAUGAUGAUGACGAUAACGAUGAUAGUAGUGAUGGAGAUGACGAUAACGAUGAUAGUGGCGAUGAUGAUGAUAACGAUAACUAUGAUAGUAGCGAUGGAGAUGAUGAUGACGAUAAUGAUGAUAGUAGCGAUGGAGAUGAUGAUGACGAUAAUGAUGAUAGUAGUGAUGGAGAUGACGACAACGAUAAUAGUAGCGAUGAUGACGAUGACGAUAACGAUGAUAGUAGCGAUGGGGAUGACGAUAACGAUGAUAGUGGCGAUGAUGAUGAUAACGAUAACUAUGAUAGUAGCGAUGGAGAUGAUGAUGACGAUAAUGAUGAUAGUAGCGAUGGAGAUGAUGAUGACGAUACUGAUGAUAGUAGCGAUGAAGAUGACGAUAACGAUAAUAGUAGCGAUGAUGAUGACGACAAUGAUGAUAGUAGCGAUGGAGAUUACGAUAACGAUGAUAGUAGCGAUGAUGAUGACGAUAGCGAUAAUAGUAGCGAUGAUGAUGACGACAAUGAUGAUAGUAGCGAUGGAGAUGACGAUAACGAUAAUAGUAGCGAUGAUGAUGACGAUAACGACGAUAGUAGCUAUGAUGAUGACGAUAAUGAUGAUAGUAGCGAUGGAGAUGACGAUAACGAUAAUAGUAGCGAUGAUGAUGACGAUAGCGAUAAUAGCAGUGAUGAUGAUGACGAUAACAGUAGCGAUGAUGAUGACGAUAAUGAUGAUAGUAGCGAUGGAGAUGAUGAUAACGAUGAUAGUAGCAAUGAUAGUAGCGAUGGAGAUGACGAUAACGAUAAUAGUAGCGAUGAUGAUGACGAUAAUGAUGAUAGUAGCGAUGGAGAUGAUGAUAACGAUGAUAGUAGCGAUGAUGAUGACGACAAUGAUGAUAGUAGCGAUGGAGAUGACGAUAACGAUAAUAGUAGCGAUGAUGAUGACGAUAACGACGAUAGUAGCGAUGGAGAUGAUGAUAACGAUGAUAGUAGCAAUGAUAGUAGCGAUGGAGAUGACGAUAACGAUAAUAGUAGCGAUGAUGAUGACAAUAACGAUGAUAGUAGCGAUGAUGAUGAUGAUGAUGAUGAUGAUGAUGAUGAUAGCGAUAAUAGUAGCGAUGAUGAUGACGAUAAUGAUGAUAGUAGCGAUGAUGAUGAUGACGAUAGCGAUGAUGAUGAUGACGAUAGUAAUAGCGAUGAUGAUAAUGAUGAUGAUAGUGACGAUGAUAAUGUUAACGAUAAUGAUGAUGGUAAAGAUGGCGAUGAUAGAGAUGGUGGCAAUGAUGACGAUAACGAUGAUGGUGGAGAUGGUGGCGAUGAUAAUAGAGGUGGCGACGAUGAUGAUAACGGUAAUGAUGAUGAUGACGACGACGAUGAUGAUGAUGACGAUGAUGAUGAUAGCGAUAGUAGGGAUGACGAUGAUGGCGACGAUGAUGAUGACGAUAGAGAUGGUGGCAAUGAUGAUGAUAACGAUGAUAGUAGAGAUGGUGACGAUGAUAGUAGAGAUGGCGACUCUGAUGAUAACGACGAUGACGAUGAUGAUGAUGAUAGCGAUAGUAGGGAUAACGAUGAUGGCGACGAUGAUGAUAACGAUGAUAGUAGAGAUGGUGACGAUGAUAGUAGAGGUGGCGACUCUGAUGAUAACGAGGACGACGAUGAUGAUGAUGAUGAUGAUAACCGUGUGCGCAAACAAAUUAACAAAAUCGCGACGAAUAUUGCGGAUAAACUUUAUUCCAGCAAAACUGUGGUCGCGGACAAUGUAGCUACAACCAAAACCGCAGAUACGUCGUUGAUCGCUGGGAAUAAAGCUGCACUCACGGCCAAUGAUGAUCUGGCUAAAAUUGCAGCUGCUAUGACCACAGCGAUCAAGGCCACUGAUAACGUGCACAAACUUCUUAACGAUAGACCAAGUGUCGCUACUAACGAAGUUGUACCCAAAGCUGUAGAAACUGUUAUCCCAAGCGGCGGAGCUGCAACCAAAACCACAGACCCUGCAAGCACGGCUAAUCAUGCUUUGGCCGAAAUCACAGCUGCUAUGAACACAGCUAUUCAAGCCACUGAUAUUGUGAAGCAAGCCAUUGAUGCAGCAAUCCUAACCAACGAGGCCGGAAGCAAAAGUUCGGAUAGGAGGUGAAAACUCUAUGGGAAUCGAAUUGUAUUAGGAUAUCUAUUUAAAAUAUAUUCCAGUCUUCGAUUGGUGUUUUCUUUGACUUUUAUAAUAUUGUGGAAAGGAGUGAUUGUUGACAGUUAUUAUAGAGAAAAUCAUACAAAUGUUUGGUUUGGUAAAACGUAUAGUGCUAGCUGAUAUUGCUAUUGGUGCCAUUUCGCUGAAAUGUAUAGAAUAUCUUUCAGAUAAACAAAUUCCCUGUAUUAAAUUAAUUCUGGAUGUAUAUACGGAAACAUUACAAAUCAGAGAUAUCUUAAAAAAAACCUUCAAUUUGAUAUCAUGUUCAUAUCUUACAGAAGAUAAUAUGGUAACUUGGAUAGCUAUUUUGACAGCAUUAUAAAUUUAAACAGUCUUUAUCCAAAGAAGUGUCUCUCCGAUAAUUUUUCUAAAAUAAAUUUAACUAAAUAUCGGAAGAGUAACUUCCAUCGGUUGCUUUGGAAUAUCGGAAAGGUAUCCGGGGUUUUUUUCUGCUUUAGAUUUAUGUCAAGAUAUCUAUUCUCGUGUUUCAUAAUAAUAUGAUACAAAAAAGUGAGAUAAAGUAUUUUGAAUUUUAAACCAAAAAUUAUUUUCGAUAUGUUCCAUUUGUAUCAAAGAGAUAUUUUGUAUAAUAUUUUAUAAUAUAUAAUGUCUAUAAUCUAAAUGACAAACGUGGCUGGUCCACACUUUAUUGUCAUCAUUAUUAAAUUUGAAAUGUCCAAUAAAGUAUGUUAAAUGAUUUAUGACAGUGUGAAAAGCAAUAUGUUUGAAUUAACAUCUGAGCACCAAUAUUGAAAUAAAAGCAAUCUACUUAAAGAUUUCA